AGCUAUGGAAAGUGUUCAAGGUGACUUGGGCGCGCCUGAGGGGCCAUGGCUUGGGGAGAAGCGGAUGGAUUGCCCACCAGGGCCUCAUUGCUGCCCUUCGAGAUUGAGCGGGAGCUGCAGAAGUUUAGGUCCGGGGGCUGCGAGCUGUGCAGACUGCGGCCGACCCAAGCAGAGCCGCAGGUGGCCGAGCUGCCAGUGCACUGUUUGAGGUUCGCACAGCACGGCAUAAACAGCAAGAUGGUCUUUGGCAAUGGGCGCAGAGGAGAUUCAUCUGUGUACUGCCUUGUGCACGAUCUCCUUUGCAACCGCCUGAGCCUUGCAGAGAUACCUCCACUGCAAGUUGUGCUGGACGGCGACUUGUUUUUUUCCCUGGACAACCGGCGCUUGGCUGCCUUCAAAAUGUUGCAGGGCCUCUGGGCUCACCAAGUUGUGAAGGUGCCUUGUGUGAUUUGGCACAAACACACCGACGAUAGCGAGAUACGCCACAAGUUCAAGCUGGCAAAGACAACCACGCCUGAGUUGCACCAUGGGCUUGGCAUCAAGCUGAACGGCGACUUGCACGAAGCCUGGCACAUGGGAGAGCCCCUUUUUCGUCGGCCGCAGGAAUGGUGCGCGCCACUUCAAGCGACAAGCGCACGCCAGCAAGGCGAAGGCUCUGCAAAUUCCAAGGAGCUUGAGACAGAGGCACCAACACCACCUUCUCAAGCAACAGGCCUGUGCGAACUGGCGGAAACGCCAGUCGAGCAUCCGAAGAAGAGCAAGGGGAAGAAAUGGACCAAAGACAACAAUGCCGGCAAGGAGACGCAGGCCUCAUCAUGCUCAUCCAAUCCACCUGGGCCAACGAUGCAGGCUGCGGAGUCGCCUUCCCUGGUAAACCAAAAUGAAGUUGCAGCGAAGCCACCAACCACCUGGGCAGAGAUUGUAGGAGCCAAGCAGCCUGCGCCUGGCGUCCCUGCAGCGCCCGCGCCUGCAGCACCUGCACUACCUGCUUCCAAAGCGCCUGAGCCCACCCCCAAGCCACCUCCCCCUCCACCCCCACAGUCACCGCCAACGCCAGCGGCGGCUCCAUGGCGCCCGCCGCUGCCGCCGCCAUCCUUUCCCCCGCCCCAGCAAGAGGCGUGUUUGCCAGCUCCACUUUCUGCGCCGCACUGUGCUCCGCCUGCGUCAGAUUGUAAGGAAGUUGCACAGAACAGAUGCCAAGAUAGCUUUCAAACGCAGCUGCCGUCUUCAGGCAGCUUUGCUUCCAGUCAGGAUGAACCAGGGGAGCCACUGCCAGAAUCUCAUCAGGAGGCUGAAGGUGUGGCAGAUGACUUUCUCAGCGCGGAAGAUGCAGAAAGCUAUCGCAGCGAAAGUGACGAAGACAUUCUGGGUCAGGACGAGCCAGACUUUCAAGAAGACGCGCCUGCUGAUCCAAGUACAGAGCGUGCUGUUCUGGAAGAUUUGUUGAGUGAGAUGAGGCAGCAGAGAGAUGUUUGCCACGUUGGCGAUCUGAAGGGCCGCUUGGUGUCUGGCACUUUCCGCGUCCUUUCCGGGUCAGAUUUCCGGCUCCGACGGUCCAAGUCGCAGCUGGUGGUGGACCAGGGCCCACCUCAGCUCCUGGGCUGCCGAGUGCACAUCAUCGGAGCCCUGAAUCGAAACCGCGCCUGGGACCAUGACCGCUGCUGGGUGCGGAUCUUGGCUGCGCGGGUGGCCGUGGAGGGCGUGGGCGUGGGCAGAAAGCAAGUGAAGCAAGAUCUUGGCCGGGCCUGGGAUGCCUCCACGGCGCAGGCAGCCAUGCUCUUCGGAACUGUCGUUUGCGCCAGGGAGCAGCAGAGCCCGCGACAAAGCAAGGUGGUGUGCGCACGUUCGCGCCUGGUCAGGAGCUUGAAUUGCAUGCUGUUUCGGCCAAUCAACGGCAAGUUUCCGAUGAUCCGCGUGCCGUGGAACCCGCAGCUCGAGCCACCGGCCCUACACGACCUCCAUGUCGUUGAACUGAAGAGCUGGAGAGACGGCCUCCCAGUGGGAAUGCACGAGGAGGUUCUACACAUGAGCAACCGUGAUUCUGAUGAGUCCGUAGUGUAUGCCAUCAAGCGGUCCCUGAACUUGACAGAUUGGGAGGAGCAUUCCAAGUACUGCUCCAUUCCCAUUGAGGAGGAGACCAUCGCCAUAUCUGCCAAAGGAGCAGAUGUUCAGUGUGAUCGUCAGGACCUGCGCAACAAUUUCUCGAUUUGCGUUGAGCAUCCUGGCUGGCCGGGGAAUAUGGCCUUUUCGCUUGUCGAGGGCGAGCUGCAGGUUCACGUGGUGGACGCCACGGCAUACUUGGCCGCCGAGCUGAGCGGUAGCGAUCUGGAGGCCCAAGCGAGGCUCCGCAGCUGCGGGGCCUGGCUAUUGGACUGCGAGGACAAGCCCGCCGAGCACAGCUUGCCACUUUUGCAAGAAGAGUUCGUCAAGAAAAUCGACUUGACAGAGGGCCAAGACAGGUUGACAUUAACCUUUUCCUUUUCCAUCAAUGGAGGGCAGCUGAACAGGCAGGACCACUUCGAAUCGAUCACGCGAUGCCACCGCAGGCUGAGCUACCAAGCUGCUGAUCAUGUGGGUCCCGGCAAGACAGCAGACUUGCUAGAAGCGGUCAGCACGCUUGUAGGGCAAAUAGAGCAAGCCGCCCUUGGCCGUGGAGAAUCUUUCCCCCUCGAACAUUGGGAUCCACAUGUCGGGCUCCAGAGCCGACUUGACUCUCGCCGCAUCGUCGGCUGCCUGUCUUUCCUGGUCAACCUGUAUGCCGGGCGAGUUCUAUCUAAUCCAGCUCUUUGGAGUGAAUUCCUGUCGCUGGAUGAGACCCAGCAGGUCAUGCCGACAUGGCUGUACAGCCGGGCGGACACGCAAAACCUCCGGUCCCUUCAACGCCUUCUUCCACCGAGCGAGGUGACCGAGGUGUGCGCUCAAGUGUGCACUAAGCAGGUCAUCGAUGCCUUGACCAGCACCUUGGCACAAGAACACCUCUCCGGCGAACAGCGCUGGGCUGUUCAGAAGGCGCUGCUGCGACAGAUUCGGAUGAGUCUUCCAGGCGGCUUCUACCAACUCGGAGAGAAAGCCCCCUGGCCCGGGCCUAGGAAGGGCCAACUCUUCUUCCGGCCAAAGAUUUUCCAUGCCUCAGCCCCACUCAGCCGCUACAUUGACGUUUUGGGUCAGCGUAUGCUGAAGUGGUUGAAAGGCUGGAGACCGGGCCUAUGUUCCUGGCUCUGCCCGUCACUGCGCGACAUACAGGAGGCUGUAGACCGCACAAAUGCACGGCUGGACUCCUUGCGCUUUGCCGGCUUCGUGAUGCGCCAGAUCUCGCGCAUGCGCGACCUGAGCGUCGCCUCCAGGAAGAUCAGCAACGCGAUUGUUGGAUAUGCUGGCCCAGGCGCCUUCGAGGUGAUUAUUCCUAGCUCCUCUAGUGCCCACUUCAGCCUGUCAGUCCCGGUCAACACUUUGCGCAGCGCAACCUGCUCCUUGGAGUUUGACGUGGACGCACAGUGCCUCCGCAUCAUGAACGUGGAUCCCUGGCGACGCUGCAGUUACAGCUGGGUGGUGAAGCCUUGGGUCACGCAGGUGGAGUGCGUCAUCUCUCGCAACUUUGCGCAGCCCAUCAAGCACCACGCCUCAGCCAAUGCCAUGAUCAUCUCAGAGAUCACCUUCAACAGCUCCGCAGGGCCUGUCUCCCUCAGCGUCGGGCAUCGCAUGUACCCGGAGGUUUUCUCCGAGUUCCCCGACCUGGGACAUGUGCAUCUUAUGGAGAAAGAUCUCGAUGCCUAUGCCCAGACCUGGCACAAGAUCUGGCGCUGCAGGACCCAUGCGGCAGCUUCAGAAGCUGCCGCAUACACCGAGUGGAUGCAUCCUGGGAGAUUGCACAUGGAAGACGGAAAAGUGUCUUGUUGUGUGGUUCUGCAUGGGACUGAUGAGCACCCACGCCCACAACCAGGAGACUUAGCCAUCCUGCGGUGCUCGCCCGCUGAAGCUGCACGUGAGGUGCUUCUGUAUGGAGAAGUGCUAGACUGCAAGCCGUCCAAGAGCCAAUGGAAGAUCAAAGCAUGCAGAACGCCCAAUUGCAGCAGGGCGAAUUGCGGCUUCCUCCACCCGGGCGAGGAGGCAGAGGGUGCGCUCUUUCAGUUGGAGGUUGGCCUCUCCGAGGUAAGCCGCCAUGCUCAGAAAGAGCAGAAGCGCUUUCUGGAAGCGGCGGAUGCAACUGCGUUCAAGCUCCAGCUCGUUGGCGUGCCAGUGGUCGACCGACAGAAUCUGAAGCUUGUGGAGGAGCUGCCGAACAAGCUGCGGACGCGUAAGGGCCGAGAGUCACCCAUCGCAGCCCACUUGACUAGCUUGCAGGCGCCCACUGUGGAGCAAGAACAGCGGGAGAUGCGACCACUUGCCACCUUCCAACAGGUUGAAAGAUCUGUUCGGGAAGGAGCUUAUGCAGUGAGAGGCUCUGGGCUGAAUGACAUGCAGCUUUCUGCAGUGAUGCGCGGCCUCCAGCACCGCUUUUCCGUAGUUCAAGGGCCGCCAGGCACUGGCAAGACUACCUUUCUGGUUCACCUUGUGACGGCCCUCACAAACUUGGAGCUGGAUCCAUCGCUAUCGCGAUCCAGGAGUGCGCAGCCAGCAGCAGCAGAAAGCUUCGGGCGCAUCUUGGUGACAACGCCCUCCAAUCAGGCCGCAGACGAGUGCCUGCGCAGGCUGGUCCAGGAGUCAGACAUUCCCGCGCACUACAUCACUCGUGUGUAUGCCCGCACAAUCGAGUACAAGUUUGGAAGCAAACUCCGACUUGGGUGGGAUCCGUACGACUCAAACCUCACCAGAACGGAGCACAUGGUUGCCGAUGAUCUGCUGCAGCAUGCUUUGCACCACAAGGUGAUGCACAAACAGGAGGUGAAAGCACUCGAAGCGCGCAUUGAGAACAAGACCGUACAGUACCAAUACGACCAGGUCUACGAGUCGGUCGAGCAACAGGUGCUGCAGAAGAGCCGCAUCGUGAUCACCACCUGCAGUUCCGCGCUUUCGCAUGGGGCGCUGAAGGAGAAGAAGGACGGUAAACAACGAAGUUGCGUUGCCUUUCGCUCUGUGGUGGUGGACGAAUGCGCGCAAGCCACAGAGCCAGAGGUUGUGCUGUCGGUCAUGCGGGCCGAGGACAGAGCCAUCCUUGUUGGCGACCACAAGCAGCUGGGGCCAGUAGUCACUGAGCACAGUCUGUGCAAAGCCUUCCUUGUCAUGCUGGAAAGGCCACUCCUCGAGAGGCUGGCAAGCCGAAAGGAGAUGGAGCACCGCAAGAAGCUCUGCAGCACCAUGCUGCAGCAGCAGUAUCGGAUGCACAACUCCAUUUGCACCUUCCCAUCAAAGCACUUCUACAACAAUCAGCUGCAAAACGUGCAGAGCCUGCCGCUGCUGCCGACGGUUGCCACCGUUUGGCCCCGACAAGAGGAGAAGGUUGUGUGGAUUGAUUGCGACCACCCACACCACAUGGGCCAUGUGGUCCAAGUGGGUAACUCCAGAAGCCUGAAGACCUCGGUGUUGGAGAACAACACCUCAUUACAAAACCCAGGUGAAGCUGACCUCAUCGUUGAGGUCUACAAGCGUUUGCUUCGAGGUGGCUCGAAGCCCGAAGAUAUUGCCAUCAUUACACCCUACAAGGCCCAGCAACAGUACAUUGAGCGGAGCUUGAAACAUGUCUCCACCAACUCUUCAAGGACUGCUGUGGGCACAGUCUUCAAAAUGCAGGGAUCUGAGCGUCACUUUGUGCUACUGAGCUUCGUGCGAAGUGUUGCAGAAGGCUGGGCGCUUCGCAACCUGUCCAUGCAGAGCUCCAGCAAUGAGAUCCGCGUUUCUGAGCCUUCCAGCAAUCCAGCUCUUCGUCAGACGUUCGAGACGCACAUUGGCAUUGCUGGCAAGGCAGACUUGCUCAAUGUCGCCUUGACUCGAGCGAAGAGCGGCCUGGUCAUCGUGGGCAACCGAACAGUUCUCAGUGAGGGCUCUGAAGAUUUUUUCCAACUAGCUACAGACCUUGCAAAUCGAGGCACUUUGCUCUCAGAGCAAGAGUUUCGUUCACGGCGCUGAUAGGUUUAGAUUUGAAGGUGGAGCCUUCUCUCCAUCACACUGCACGCUCGUUUCAAGGGACAUGUCCCAUGGGACGUUGUGUGUUCAGUGUCACAGCGACUGCUUUUAACAUUGCCCCCAAACUGAGUUUCUGUUGUGAUCAGCAGCGAGGUGGCGCGCCCACGCGCAAAGCAGACAUGUACAGCCCCUGCCCUGGUGCAA